AUGAGCUUCCCCAAGGUGUACACGGUGAACGGGCCGAGCUCGACCAGCUCGGCCUCCCUCCCUUCCUGGGUAACAAUCAAGGCGCGGCCGACACGGACAUCGAGCGGACACAAGAAGCGCGUCAAGACGCAGCGCGAGCUGGGUCAGCUCGAGCUGAUCCAGGACUUUUCUUUCCCCUCUGCCGCUAUCAAGAUCCGCACGACCGCCGACGGACAGCACGCCCUCGGUACCGGCACCUACAAGCCGAUGAUCAAGUGCUGGGACCUGGGCGAGCUGACCGAGAAGUUUACGCGCGUGACGGAUGCUGAGAACGUCGACUUUGUCAUGCUCUCUACCGACUGGACAAAGUCGCUUCAUCUCCAGCGAGACCGCAGUCUCCAGCUCCACACCCAGGGCGGUUUGCACCACACCGUCCGACUCCCAAUCUACGGUCGCGCACUCGGAUACCACUCCCCCUCGGCUGAUGCUCUUGUCGCGUGCACUGGAACGGAAGUGUUCCGGUUCAACCUCGAGGAGGGACGAUACAUGACCCCGCUGAACGUCGCGAGCGGGUGGGGCAAUGGCAUGGAGGACACCGUCGAGGGUGUGAAUGCGCUGGACGUGAACCCAGUCCAUGGACUGUGGUCCUUUGGUCUCGACGGUGGCGGCGGCGUUGUCGAGUUUUGGGAUCCUCGCUCUCGCACUGCUCUCACCCGCCUCAACCUUCCUGCCACGGCACUCCUGCCCGCCGAAAGCGACCACAACGCGCUCUACUCUGCCGGAACACGCCUCAGCGUCACGAGCCUGAAGAGCCACCCGACCGACGGACUGUCAAUUGCUGUCGGAACGAGUACAGGCCACACCCUGCUGUACGACCUGCGUAGUCCCAGCCCGUUCGCGGUCAAGGACCAGGGAUACGGAGAGAGCGUGCGGUGUGUCGACUGGCUGCGUGGCGGAGGUCAGCACGAGGACAGCGGACGAGUCAUCAGCGCAGACAGCAAGGUCAUCAAGGUGUGGGACAAGAACGAGCCCGCGCGCAACCACCUCUCGCUGCACCCGCCCAACCCCCUCGUCGACUUGCACUGUGUGCCCGACAGCGGCCUGCUCUUUGCAGCCUGCGACGCCUCGCCCAUCAACACCUACUACAUCCCGGACUUUGGCCCCGCGCCGCGCUGGGCCUCCUUCCUCGACAACGUCACGGAGGAGAUGGCCGACGACCCCACGUCCUCAACAGCGUACCAGGACUACAAGUUCGUCGACCGUGCCGAGCUCGAGACGCUCGGUCUCACGCACCUCAUCGGCACCCCCGCGCUGCGACCGUACAUGCACGGCUUCUUCCUCGCGCUCAAGCUGUACCAGACCGCGCGUCUCAUCGCGAACCCGCAGUCGUACGCCGAGCACCGGGAGAAGAUUGUCGAGGAGCGUCUGGCCAAGAAGGCCGAGAGCCGCAUCCGCGCCAAGCGCGAGCAGCCCAAGGUCAACAAGGCGCUUGCGGAGCGCCUGCGCAAGGAGCAGGAGAGGCUCGACGCGGUCGAGGCGCGCAAGGCGGCCAAGCGUGCCGAGCGCGCUGCCGCCAACGGCGAGGCCGUCGAGGAGGAGGCGGCAGAGGGAGAGGGAGAAGGAGAAGGAGAGGGCAAGAAGGAGAAGAGCAGGAAGGACGCGGUCCUCCUCGACCCGCGAUUCGCCGAGAUGUUCUCCAACCCCGACUUCGAGAUCGACGAAGGGUCCAAGACAUUCCAGCUCCUCAACCCCGCCACCUCGCACAAUGCCCGCCUGCGUACCGCCGUUGAGGAGGAGGAGGACGACAGCGACCGUUCCUCGGCCGGUCUGUCCGACGAGGAGAGCGAGCCCGAGUCCGAGCACGAGCAGGAGUCCGAGCCCGAAGAGUCCGACGAGGAUAUGGACGAGGACGAGGAGGAUGAAGAGCAGGAGGACUCGGGCGACGGCGAGGAGUACUCGGACGCCAGUGCUUCGGAGGACGAGCACGAGGCCAAGCCGAAAUCCGCCUUCCCUCUCGCACGUGGAGCCAGGCCGAAACUUCAGGGCGCCACUGUGUCCAAGCCGCAGACCUUCGGACAGCGGCUGCACGCCUCGCGCAAGCCCGAGAAGGACGAGAAGCCCGAGGGCGUGCUUGCCAUGCGCCGCAGCGCGGACGGAGGCAUGGAGAUGUCCUUCAUCCCCAAGAGCGGAGGCUCGAAGGGCAAGCUCGAGGACGAGGACGACGAGUAUGGCGGCGGUGGGUACCGCCGUCGCUCGAGGGUGGAGACGUUUGGAGCCGGUCUCGAGAAGGGAGGACACGAGGAGGAGGACGAGAUGCAGGGACGCAACGGACGCACGAAGAGGAGACAUAUCGAGCGGUCUGCGAGCAAGAAUGCGUUCAGGCGGAGCUCGAGCAGUCCCUCCCCCGAACCCCCCUCUCUGCGCAACACUCCACGCAGCGCCUUUGCUCCCCUCCCACCCGUGUCUAACGGCCACGGCAACGCUCGGGACAAGAAGCGCUCGUCCUCGCGCUCAUCACAUCGUCGGCAGUCGACCUCCAACGGCGCCCCACAGCGCCCACCACUCCGGCCAGACGGGCCAGGUUGGAUGAGUCAUUAUCUCGGCUCAGCCUCGAGUGCCGGCGGCUGGAUGCCAGAAUCAGUAGACGGGGACGGCUUCGUCUUCGUGAAAGCGGACGACACCGAGGUCGAACACCAGCAGAAGCGCCGCGGCUCGAGUUCACCGAAUGAAGCACGACCGGCCUCUGCAAACGGGACACAUGUCCGGACGGGGCUACCGAAGAAACUACCCCCAGACGUCACCGCGCACCCCGUCCAGGCGCGCGUGACGCUACUCCCGUCAACAGUCCUCGGAAUACGCUUGAACAGGAAGCGAUGCGAGGACAUUAUCCUCCUCUCCGCGGUCGUGUUUGCGAUUUACAAGCUGGCGUACGGCUGGGGAGACGUCGUGUACGUCACCCUCCGCGUGCGCACGAUUCCGCGCGGCGAGGUCGAGCUUGCCCGACCAAAAUCUCCGGUUAUCGCAACGGGCACCCGGGACAAGGCGAACCGGCGCUCGGGGCAGUUUGCCAGCGCAGUGUCCUCUGCGUCCCUGCACAGCCGGGGCGACAGCCGGAGCUCGACCAUGAGCGUUGCGUCGACCCUGGAUGGCGAGGAUCCCGCGAGCGUCGGGUCCCGCGGCUGCGUCUUUGGCACAGAGGAGAGGGAGUACAGCUCUGAGCCCGACACCGCCGUGCCGCCAGGAUGGGUCAUCGAGCAGCCGCUGGUCAACCCCUCGACUCCAAUUCGACACAUCACAGGCGUCGCCUCGAGCGUUAGCGACGCGACGAAGGUGCUCUCCGCGCUGGCGAUCUCGAGGCGUAACGCCGUGCAGCUGUUCACGCUGUGCUCGUUCGUGUUGCUCGUGCAGCUCUCCUGGUCACUGCGGCACGAGCUGAAACGGGCCAAGGCGUCCGUCGCGGCCGGAGAAGAGCCGUCGGGCACGUACUGGCUGAAACGCGGCGAGCUGCGGCGCAACCUCGCCGUGAUUGGGUUUGCGUUCUUCGUGACGGCGUGCUGCCUCGUGGUGAAAGCCGUGACGGCACGCAUCGGCCACGGUGUCUGGAGUGACAUGUCUCCGUCGGAUAUCGUCAUUGCGACGCUGUUCUACCAGUUCUGCAUCUACGUCUGUGUCCGCCUAGCCAGGCGAGGGUUCACGCUCGGCGAGAUGGGCAUCGUCACGCACGCGGGCACGGCGCUGUUCAUGGAGACGGUGAACAUGACGAGGACGAAGGUGAGUUGGCGUGGGACGGAGGCCGCAGGCCGACGUCGAGUUCACAAGCCAGUACAUCAAGACGUACCGCCUGCCGACGCCACUCCUCAUCUUCCAGCUCUCGCUCAUCCCCGGCUCACUCCUAACCGGCUUCCUUCUGUCGCCCCUGCUCUACCUGUCCCGGCAGCUGGCGCAGCGGCCGGUCCACCGCCUCCGCUUCCCGCACGAAAAGGUGCAGCACCGCCGCCUCCUGGCGCUAGGUUUCUACGCCGGCGCGGUCCUGAUCGUAACGGGUGUCGUGGGGUCGUGGGCGUGGUGGUGUCUCGGCCGCCGCGACCCGUGGCUGUGGACGCUGCGGUUCCUUCUCCUGGGCCCGCACGCGUGGACCCGCCCCGCGCUGAUCAGUUACUGGGGGCUGCUCGCGCUCUUCUCGGUGGCGGCGUGGCAGCGCCAACUCAACCGCGCAAGGAGGCAUAG